ACUGAUAGGUGGCACUGACUGGCAUCACUGCUGGGCACUGACUGGUGCCACUGACUGGCAGCACUGCUGGGCACAGGUGGGUGGCACUGGUGGGCACACUUGUGCGACAAUGCUGGGUGGCACAGGUGGGUGCACUGCUGGGCACAGGUGAAUGCACUGUUGGGCACAGGUGGGCGGAACUUGUGGGUGGCACUGCUGGGCACCGAUCAGGGCACUGAUAAUCAGUGCCCUGAUGAUCGGUGCCGAUCCCCGCUCUAACAACUGCCGGUUCUUGGCAAUACUUUCCUCACGAUCUGACAGCUGAGGAAAGGCAGCCGAGAACCGGCAAUUGCAU